AUUUCUAUCAAAGGAGAGUGCCCUGAGACGUGUCCGUAAACACUCUUCUAAACAUGUUUAGUAUAUUAAAUUAGGUCUAAUAACAUUAUAUAAUUAGUAUAUUUGCAUUUUUUGAGAGUUUUCUUAAACAUUUACAAUGUUUAAGAAUUUAAAAAAGAAAAUAGAACAGGGAGUCGCUCAGUCGAAAGCGGCAGUUUCAGGGCUGGCAGCAGCAGCUAAGGUAAGUCUUAGUGACUAGUGCUAGUACUAAGAUUAAGUACGAGUAUGAGUUAGAAGAGUGAGACUAAGUUAGCGUACCUGUGUCACAAUAAAUAAAUGCUGAGUAGCCUACGCUGCACUCUUUACCGUCAUUUUAGUCAAUCAGUGUUUAUUUAUGAAUAUUUAAUUUCCAUACAUGAUGCAUGCCAGAACCACAGACCAUGGCAUGGAAUCAUGGAAUGAAAACAAUAACAAAUACAUUUCAACAUUGUAAAUGAAAAUGAUUGCAGUAGGUCUACUUGUACUACGUGAUAAAAAUACACACAAUAAUUGAAUAGUGAUAGUUGAAAUAAUUUUAGCCCUACCCCUAGUAGUAGUAGUAGUAGUAGUAAUACUAAUACAAUCAUAAUUUAUAUUUUAUUUAUAAUUUUAGGUGUCUGUACAAAUUCAUGUGCAGUUUUCUAAAUUAUAAACAUAUUCUAAUGAUUAAUUAACCAUUUUGUAGGUAAUUGAAUUGUCUAUAAGAUAAACUUAAACUUAAAACAUUUGUAAAGUUAAGUUUGUUGGGAAUUAUUAAUUGUUAAAGUAGUAUGUACAACAGAAAAUCAAUAAAAAAAUAUAUAAAUGUGCGAAUUUACGUAUAAAUUGUAAAUUUCCAAAUUAUUUAAAGCCUUUUAUUUGGUAGUUUCCAAAUAGUAUAUUCCAUAAUAAGAAAAAUGCACCAAAGAACACAGAUAUUGAAUAAUAUUUACACUUCCAAUCACUUUUAUGCCUUUAGUCUAACCCCGUCACUUUUUGCCAAUGUAAACAAGAAGUACAACUUUGUAACAGCUUGGAAAUUAAAUCAAAAUUAAUUAACAGUUCUUUUUUAAAACAUUCUGUCGAUAGCAUGUGGUUCGAAUAUAAACAUCCUGUCGGUAAAUGAAAAUCUCGAAGCAAAACAGGAAUGGAAUAAUAUAAAUAUUUGACUCGAUUUACUACGAUACAAACUUUGGCGCUACCAGCCGCUUGUGGCCAUAACAAACGAAUUGCUCAGCCGCUCCUACCAACUCAUGGUAUUUAACCAGUUGAGUCUCAGUAACUUGAUUUUCAACUCUCAAACUGACAUGUCUAUUCUAUUACUAUUUAAUUGAGAUAUGCAAGCCCUUCAUAAUAUUAAUAUCAAAACAAUCUUGACCCAUAUCCUACAACUUCGUCUUCGUCUCACUUAAAAAAUGAAUAAGAUAUUUAAAAUUUAGCCUAGGCCUAUAUCUAAGUAUAUUACUUAAAACAAGACGAUUAGAAAAUUUUCUAGGCCAUUACUAUAGCAUUAAUAGUAGGUUAAUUAUUCUAUUUAUGACCUUAAAAUAGAGAUAUUUUCAUCACUUUCACAUAAUAUGCCAUUUCUUGACCCUUCACUUGUGCUCAUUUUCAGCAUUUGUAAAAAAAUAUCUGACACCUUUCAAUUGCUGACUCAAUCCAUCUAGGCUGAACAAUGCACCAUGUAUCUGUUAAAAUUCUAAUCAAGAACUUUGGAUUUCCUCUACAUUUCCAUGCUGAUCCCUUUUUUUCUUAGUGUCUGCUACAGAGUGUGCCUUAAUUGAGGCAAAAAUUUAAGUUAUUUACUGAAUAAAGGGUAUUGAUACCAAAUUUACAUAGAAACCCUGUAUAAUGUUAGAGCUUUCCUGGUUCUUCCAGCUCAAGACCUGUCCAAGAGUAUUUCCCAUAAGUCUUUAUGAUAUCAAAGUAAUUACUACCAAAUAUGUUCUAGUGCCUCUAGUGCCAUAAGCAAUUUUUCUUCUUAAAUCCAGAAGAAAAGUUAUAUAAGUCACCAAGACCUGGAUUGCAGAAACACAAUAUUUAAACUCAAAAUGCCAUCAAUAGUGGCACCAAAAGAGAAAUUUGGAAGUUUUCCUAUUUCUAGAAACAAACCAACAAAUUUUCUCAACAAUGUUCCGUCACUUAUUAAAUUUCAUAGUCUUUGGUGUUCCACUGUCGGAAAGCAAAUAUUUGAGCACCUACAUUUUUCUAAGUAGACAGUAGUAGAAAUAAUAUUAUAAUGUUCUUUUUUUAAGGGAGAUGAAAAAAAUACCUCCACAGAGUCUAUUGGUAAACCCAUUGCUGAGAGUACUCCACAGAAAGAUGGUUACAUUUCAGGAAAUCUUAAUGGGUCUAGUGCCAAUGUUCCUACUGGGCAGCUUGUUGACAUUCCAUUGUUUGAGGGAACAGAUUCUACAUCAUAUGAGGUUUGUUAAAACAUCGUGGACCUAAAUAAAUGAUUCAACAAUCUAAACUAUACCAUAGAAAAACAGUGAUUUUUUUAUAGACUAAAAAUAAUAAAUUUUAAUACAGUUUUAAGUACUUCAGUAAACAUUGUACAAAAAUUAAAUUGAAAGGGACUUCAAUUUUUAAAAAUCUAAGUUUUAAUCACUGGGGUUUGUAAGGUUGCUCUAUUGAAACUUGAAAAGUGAAAUUUAAAAAAUGUUAAAACUUUGGUUAAUUACAGACUGCAUCAGACAUGAGCUCUGUGCGUGGAGAUGAGACACCAAAAGGAGGGAGAUCACGCACAUCUUCUAUCAGUUCAAUGACAAGUGAUAGCUCCUUUUUUCCAAAUGUUAGCUUCUCACAUAGUUACUAUGUGCCAUCAGAUGUAGAAAGUGAAGUAGAAGAGACAUCAGUGAACCUUUCUGCUGUCUCUAAAGAAGACCUCUAUGCUUUUGUAAAGCGGUUUGAGCGCAGAGCCUUCAAAUACAAAUCCAAGUUUAUGGAAGUAGGUUUGACACUAAAGAAAUAGUCUUAAUUUUACAUUAAUUUGGGACGACCAGGUAGUCUUGAGUGGUUCUAAUUUAAAAAAAACACCUGAUUUAUUGCUGUUGGUCUAAUUUUUUAAAUGUUUACAUAGGUUCAGUCAUGAAAUAUAAAUGUACUUUUUCCAUACAGCUUGCAACAGCAUAUAAAGACAUGCUGCAGGAGAGAGAGAAAUUAAAGGUAAGAAUGUUUCAGAUAAGAAAAUAUUUUUUUUUUAUAAAAAGAGUAAAGUACUGAACACAGAGGUUCCCAAUGCAUGCACUCCCAGGAAAUAAAAUGCCAUUAACUUGUAAAAUGUAGGUUAGGCCUAAGGGGAUCCCCCUAAAAAAAAAAUUAGUUCUAAAUAGGGAUUCACUAGUAAAAAACAUUGGGAACCACUGGUUUAACACAUGUAUUCAUUAUUGAAGUAAACCACUUCAUUUUCCUCUGUUAUGUUAUAAAGGUGGUCAGUAUGAUUUACACACAAUUAUUUAUUAGCCUCUAAAAUAUAUAAUUUAUCUAGCUAUACUUGCUCAUUCAGUCCACAAUGGCACAGUGUCAAGACAGAGCAUUUCGUAGAAUGUCAGAACUAAGAGAGCAGAUUCAGCUUGAUCAGUUGGCUAAAAGGGAUCUGGAAGACAACUAUAGACUUCUGUUGGAUGAGAAGGAUGAAUACAUGAAGGUGCUCAACAUGCAGGUUAGCUGACAUUAGGUUUUCAAAUAAAUUAUGCAAGGGAAAGCACCAAUAAAAUUGCACGAACAUAAAAUAUUCAAAGUAACACAUACCAUGUCUAGAAAGUAAGCUUUAACUGAUAGUGAUACUGUACAUGCUUUUCUCGGCUGGAACUUAAAAUAAUUAUACAUUAUGUGAAAAGACUGAUAGUAUCUGUAUAUUGAAUAACUUUGAAAAAAUAAAAUAUAUUCAAUAACAUAUAAGUAUUUGACUGAAACAUUCUAGUUUCAAAGUGGUUAUUCGUACCCGGGUACCAGAAGUGAGAGGUUGGGAUUAAAAAACUAUUAAAAAUAUUAUUGUUGGGUUUAUAAGAAAAAAUGAGGUAUCAAAUAAAAGAUAAUUGAAUGGACUAUAUGUUUGUAAACUUACUUCUUCAGUUUAACUAAAAUAAACUACCAAAAAAAGAUAUCUGAAUAGUAUUAAGUCAAAAUGGCCCCGGACACGCAGCGCCGCCAUUCACACCCAUGUCCCAUUAGACCAAUGCUAUUGGGAUGUCAUUUGUGGUAGUUUAUUUUAGCUAAACUGAAGAAGUAAGUUUACAAACAUAUAGUCCAUUCAAUCAUCUUUCAUUUGAUACCUCAUUUUGUCUUAUAAACCCAACAACAAUAUUUUAAAUAGUUUUUUAAUCCCAACCUCUCACUUCUGGUACCCAAGUAUGAAUAGUCGCAGCCUUUUAACUUUAUACAAAACCAAUCAAACAUAGCCAUGAAUAGUUUUUUAAUUUAAGUUUUUAAUAAUUUUGAUGUAAUGAAAAAAUAACCUUGGUGUCCUUCAAAAUGGUCGUACAGCUUAAACUACUGAAGGAAGGUAAAGAUAUUCCAGAAGAGCUACAAACCCAAUUGUCAAUCACACAAGCUAAAGCUGAAGCACCUCCACCAACUUCUGGCACUGACAACAAAGGAAAGAUAAGUCAAAAUGAAGAGAUUGAGUUACUCAAAUCAAAGGUAACUAUUUUUAUCUAAGCCAUUGAUUCCUCUGUUUUUUCAGUAUUUAAUGAUGACAUAAUACUAUUAGAUGAUUCAUUAAUAUCAUUUCUUAAGGAAGUAAGAUUAGUAGUGAAAUUUAAAAGAAAUUUGAAUUAUCUUCAGAUAAAGCGUCAAGAUGGAUUACUGCUGAAAUGCAAAGAGACAAUUACUAGCUACAAAGAAAAGGUUACACAGCUUUCACAUGAUAAACAGGAUUUGCUGGGCAAACUAGAGCUGUCAUCAAAGGUAGCCUCGUUAUCACUUGGUCCCAUCUGUUAUACAAGAUAUUGAAAGAUAGUUACUUUGCAAGGCUUAUACAAAUAUCUAGUCUUUGUUGUUCAAUAUACAUUUUUCGUAAUACAUUUUUUAUUGUCUUCUCAGGGAGGCGUCCAUGUGAAUACCCAACAGUCUUCAGAGCAAGUGACUAAACUGCAAAAUCAAAUUAAGGAAGCUAAAAAGGUCAUUGAACAACUAGAGUCAGACCGGGAGGUAGCCAUUGCUGAAGUCAAACAACAGGUACAUUAUUAUUAUUUUAUUUUAUUAAGGGAACAUGACUAUAUAAUUUGUGAAUAGCUGAAAUAUAAAAAUUUUAAAAAAUUCUUUUAAAUGAUUACUAAAGACAAGAUUUAUCAAUUAUAGAAGAAAUACAUAUUCCAAACUGAAGGGUAAAUCUCAAUAAUAAUUCUCAAAAUCCGUCUGAUACUGUAGAUAUUAAUAGCUUGUCUAAUGUGCAGCAGUCAUUAGAGUAUUGCUGUUUUAUGCUCUCAUUGUUCUGAAUUCAAUCAUGCAGGUUCAUGAAGAAAUGGAGAAAAGAGAUGCUGAGCUGGAACAUGUAAAAGCAAUCAAUCAAAAAUUUGUUGCUGAAAACAAUAACCUCAAACUUGAGUUAGAGAAAAUGGCUAAUCAAAUUGAGGACCUGCGUACAGCAAGUAAGUAACUUAGCUAUUAUUUCUGGAUCAGAACAAAUAAUUUUAAAGCAACUUUAAAUUAUUUUCCAAAUCUGAUCCUACAACAGUAAAGGGGUUUUAUUUAUAUCAGUUUUGUAGGUAACGUGUUAAUGUUUUCAUUGUAAUAGUACUAAACUUGGAAAUGGCCAGGAAUAGAAUUUAUCCACUGCAACCCUAUUCUGGAUUUAUUACAAGCCUAUUUAUAUUUAGUUUUUUAAAUUUGAUUAGGCUACCAACCCCAAUAACAUAAUAAUAGACAAUGCCAGAAAAACAUUGUAAAAAAAUACAAGCUUUCAAUCCUAAUUGAAGACAUGUAAUGAAAUGAGGCGCUUUAAUUAGGUCAGGUAACCUCAAAAUGACUCGCCAUCUGGGUGACAUAGACUGAGAAAAAGCAUCAUAAAAAAUAAUAGUUUGAUAUUUUUGAAUGCACUUUUAUAAAAGUUUUGUUUUAUUGAAAUUAUAGAUAAAGAACAGUUGGAUAAAGCUAGGGAAAUAAUGAAAAGAUUGAAAGAAGACAAGAUGCAUGCCUUAGAACAGGCUGAAGAAAGGAUAAGGCAGGCAGAACAGAGCAUGGAGGAAGAAAAAGAGAAAAUGUUAAGUGAUUUAAAGAGAGGAAAGUCAGAAGCUUUCAGUGUUUUGCAGGUAAGCAAAGCUUUUGUAAUCUUGAUAUUGAUUUGUGACAGUUGAAAGUUCUAUUUAAUUAAUUAGUUCUUUAAAUUAAACACUGUUACACAUAUAUAUAUAUAUAUAUAUAUAUAUAUAUAUAUAUAUAUACACAUACAUACAUAUAUAUAGGAUGGAGCAAACUAUAGUCAGGCUAUACUGUAUGUUAUUUCUGAAGUAUUUCGUUAACAUUUAUAAGGUUCAGAACAAGAUUUAUAAUGUAACUGCUAUUGCAAUCAGUUAAAUUCUGAAUGUUUAUCCUAACUAAUGUCUAAUAUACAGCAAGAAUCAGAGAAAACACUGUCAGAAAAAUUAGCUGCAGCUUUGGAAGAACGUGACAAAAUGUGGAAUGAGAAAAUGGCAGCACAGGAGGAAGCACACAAUGAAAUUCUGCAGUCAAAAGUAACCACCCACAACUUAUUAAUUUUGUUAAUUAAUUUUGAACUUAAAUUAGCUCAUUAUAUUAUUUUUCUUUGUAGUUCUGGGUCAAGUACCUUUGGCAAUUUAACAAUGACUCGGUAGCUAAGUUAAAUGGUUCAUGUAUCUGUGCCUACCAGGAAAGAGAGAAAGAAUUCGCCCUGACAACUAUGCAAUCAGAAAUUAGGCUGAAACUGCAGGAGAAAGAAGAAGAAGUCAGACUUGCUUUGGAGGAGAGAGAGCUUCAGAAAAUGGCUGCUGUCACAGGACUAGAUGACCAAAAAGAUGAGCUUCUAAGACAGAUAGAGCAGCUGAAUUCAGUCAGUAAUCUGAAUUAUUUAUGUCAUUGGAAACCUUUUCUUUUGUUGUGAAAUGCUUCAGUAUUUUGUUACGAAAAGAAGUGUAUUGAAAAGGAUAAAAUAGCAUGAAAUUAUUUUAAAAUAUGGUACUUGUCGCUACUUUCAGUUCAUUAUUGGAACAAUAAAUUACACACUUCUAUUUGAACAAAAAGUUACACACUUCUAUUUGGACAAUAAGUUACACACUUCUAUUUGAACAAUAAGUUACACACUUCUAUUUGGAUAAUAAGUUACACACUUCUAUUUGAACAAUAAGAUACACACUUCCAUUUGAACAAUAAGUUACACACUUCUAUUUGAACAUUAAGUUACACCCUGAAGUGAACAAAUAAUUUCACAAAGAAAGGCCUAUUUGAACAAAAAAAUGAUUUGAUGUUAUCUGUUUACUAUAUACAAUUACCCCGUCCUAACAUUAACAAUAAAUAAAAUACUGUUUAUCAAAUGUUAUGAGAACUCAAGUCACUCAUAUUACUUAGCCAUUCUUUUAACUAUAAUUAACUUAAUUUUUGUUUAAAGAGAAUUUUUCUUAAUACCCACUCUUGUUAUGGCAACGUCAACCUGGUAUAAAAUACACUAUUUUGUACCACACGGAUGUUCAUAUUGUAUUAUAUAUAUAUUUUGUUUACUUUUGACAUAUGUUUAAUAGGAGAAAAUAGAGCUAAUUAACAGAUUGGCAAAAUUUCAAGAAGACACAGAGCAGCAGAUCUCAGAGCUUCAGUCCAAGCUCAUGGCACAGCAAGAGGAGUACGAAAAGCAAACGGAAGAAUUGAAAGCUAGGCACAAAGAAGCCUUGGAUGAAGAGAGAUCCAAGCUGGCUCACGAGUUUAAGAAUGAGGUUGAUGCACUUCAGCGAAGACAUGGAGAAGAGUUACAGAGCCUGAGAGAUAAAUUGGAGCAGAGUUUACAGGUGGCUUAUUUUUCUUCACAGCUUUAGAAUUUUAUUAUUUUUUUUAAAGUUUAUAUCGAAAUUGUUAAUAGAGAAUUCUCACGUUUGUGAUGAUGGGCACCUUGUCACUCAUAUGUUGCAGGAUGAAAUUCGUCUUAACAUUGUUUUCUUACUUGUUCUGGGAUGUGGUUUUAAAAUUACUGAGUAAACUCAAGACUGGUUGAUGCGCAAGAGUUCCAUUUGCGUUGAUCCGUUUGAAAAUGGUGCUACAAGAAGCAUUGCUCUAAGUUUGUAAAUUUUUUUCAGGAAUCCACCAAUGAAAGUGAGAGUUUUUUCAAGUCUCAGAUGGAAAGUGCGAAAGCUGAGUUGGAACAGGUCAUCUCUGAAAUCAGAAGCCAACUAGAUGAGUCAAAGGCCUCCCUCACUUUGACACAAAAUAAACUCUCUGAAACAGAGCAACAAUUGAGUGAAGUUCAGUCUGAGUUGGCCAGCAAGGCUAAAGAAUAUGAGGUUCAAGUUGAGGUAAUGAGAAGAAAGGGCAUUACUUAUUUUCAUAUAACUAACUAUUAAAGACAAGAAUCACUUACAAGGGUAACAUGCAUCAGUGCUGAUUGUUUUUGGCAUAAAGGAAUCUUGCUAUGGUUCAUAUGGACUUGUGAAGAGCAUUCAUGGCAGGAAAAUGUUAACAAUUUACAUCAUUGUUGUAUAAAUUUCAGGGCUUCAUUUCUUCUGUGCGUCACUUAAUUUUUGAAUAUUUAAUAUUUUUUAUAAAAGGAAUUGUAUGCUGCAAUUAAUGGAAAAGGAGAUGAGAAUGAAAAUCUUAGGACAGAACUUCAGUCUCUUCGGUCUCAAGUAGAAAUCAAGCAGCAAGAGUUCAAUGAAGUUUCCCAGAGGCUCUCUCUGAUAACUGGAGAGAAUGCAAGGUUAAAAGAACAGGUAAAAGAUAUUGCAAACUUUUUUCUUCUUAUUACUUUUUUAUAUGUAAACAAAUUUUUCAUCUUGGGCUAGAGUUGAUUAAAAGCUAUUGAUGUCAAGUGCAUGUGGUGAAUCUCGCUUUUGUCAAGAUGUAAGAAAUAUAUUUACAUCCUUAUUUCAGACCUGCCACCCCUUUCCGAUUUUGUAGGAAUCAUAAGGAGUUUUUACCCCUCAUUCCGACAAACCCCUUAAAAUUCAGAUAUUCCGAACAUUAUAAUUUUUCACCUGUCAUGAUAAUCCAAAAGUGAAAAAAAAUAUUUUUUUUUUAAAAAUUGGGUACGACAGGAAGUGGUGCAUUUCGAUGAUGCCACUUUCUUUGUUUUUAUGAAGUGUACACAUGUCUGGCAACUGGACAAAUAAGUUCUAGAGAUAUUCAUCCGGCUAUUAUAUAUAUUCGACCAAGUCAUAUGAUUGCGGUAACAAAAUUGUGCAAAAUAUUUUUUUGUCAGCCAUGUCAAGUGACCACUAAUAGUUGAUCAGAGUUUAUGGCACUUCGUUUCAACAAAUUUAAGAUAGUCUGGACAUUUACAUGAAAAAGAAAUAUGUUCAAUUCUACAAAAGAAAUACUAGAACCAUUGCUAGUUGAACAAAUGGUUAAAAAGUGACAAUGUUAAAAAAGCGUGACAUGCCCGCCGGUUGAAUAUUACCCAGACUAUUUGUCCUGUCGCCGGAUGUUUAGACACUGCCUUGUUUUUAUUGAACCGAACGGCGAUCUCCAAAUCAUUCUUCAAUCAUCAAUUAAUCUGAUCGAGAUUCAUUCUUUUACUAGGCUAAAAAAUAAUUCAGUUGCGUUGUGACUUUUUUUUUUUGUAAAAGCUUUUUCUUAAUUAAAUGGAUAAAUCUAUUGAAAGUGGUGGGUACAAUGAUAUUCAUAAACAUAUUUUAACAAAAAAACACUCAACUGCAGCUAAAAGCAGAGAAUCUACAACAUCCAUGUCUAAUUUCUUUGCUAAGGAAUCAGACGAUUCAGUUAUCAGAUCGGAAGUUUUAUUUACCACCUUUCUUAUUGAAGGAAGUAUUUCUCUAGCCAAAUCCGAUCAUUUUAAUGCCAGAGUAAAAGAAAUGUUUCCAGACUCGCAGAUUGCUAAAAGAUUGUGAAGAAAAAUUACAAUGAAAAAAGGGCAAGCAUGAAAGUUGAUACUCUUUCUAACUUGCUUGUAACUAAAAUCAAUUGCAAUGCUAACCUUCAGUUGCCCAAAGAGCUGUUGCCAAGUGCAAAAAUGCCACUAGACAUAUGCUGGAAAACUGAACUCUUAGCAACCUGUGGACAUAUGUAAAUAAAAUGGAUAGUGUACAUAUUUAAAUAAAAUGGAUAUUAUGUUCUGUAUAUAUCUGUAUAUAAACAUUUACAGUAAUGUUUUUCUCAUGUUCUGUGGACUCUUCAAAGACAAUAAAGGUAACUUUAUAUUUCUUUAUUUACUCAAAAAAGGCUUGUGCAUUAGAAUGUAGAAAGUAACACCCCCCCCCCCCCCCCCCCCCGUGCACACCUAAAGAUUUUUUUCUUGACCAGUCUGUUAUUUUCUUGUAGGGAGAUCAGUUCAAAUAUUAUGCCUAAAAAUCAAGAGUUAAGUUUUUCUAACAUAGAUAUAAACAACCCUCCUUAUCUUUCAGGUGGAGUCCAAUCAAGGAGAAGCCAGCAGUAAAAUGAAUGAGCUAUUUGCUGAAAGAGAAGAGCUUAUCCAAAAACUUGAAUCCCUAUCAGUGAGGGAAUCAGAGUUGACAGACAAGGUAAAAAGCCUGCAGGAUUCCAACUCAGACUUCACAGGCAAGGUACAAAACAUGGAGGAUUCCAACACAAUCUUGACCAACCAGGGUCAGAUACUGUCCCAUGAACUGAAUAAUUUGAGUGAGGAGUUGACCAGUGCACACAACCAGCUCAGGGCAUUGCAGGCAGAGAAGAGUAGAGUUGAAGUGGAGUACCAACAAAAACUGUCCUCAGCAGAACUAGAGAAGAGCAAUGCCAGCUCUGAUGCCCUCCUGGAAAAGGAAGAGAGGAUACGACAGCUGGAGGAGGAGCAUGAGUGUCUGGGUAAAAAUGUAGAAAACAGUAGACUCAAAGUAGAGGAGUUAGAAAAGUAUAUUAAUAGGUACAUGGAGGAGAAGGCUCAUGAGAAGGAGGCACUGGAGGCCAAGGUAAAGGAAGCGGAGCUCCAGGUGGGUCAGUUGCAGGAGAUCAUCAGAAGUCUGGAGAACUGCCAGUCAGCGGUGGAGAGGGAGAAGGCUCACCUUGAAGAGAAACUGACCAACCUGGAGGAAAUAGUGGAGGACUUGAAGAAGUCCAAGGAGGAGUUGAAUGAGAAGCUUCAUGAGAGACACGAGUCCCUUAUCGAGCAGACUUCAGCUGAGAAGCAGGCCCUAGAGGCCACUGCCUGUGACCUGGCAUCACAGGUAAACGCCUACAAGGAGGAAAUUAUAGCCUUGACCAAAUCUCUCCUCUCCAAGGAUGAUGAAAUUAUUGCCCUACGCUCUGUGAUGGACGAUAAUUCCAGUUACAUCAAAUCAGUGGAGAAUAAAAUCACUGACAUGGGUCUAGAGAUCCAGAGUAAGUCCCAAGCUGUUGCUGAGACAGAGGAGAAACUGGCUGCAAGCUUAGGGAAAUUUGAAAAACUUAAAACAGAGGCCAAUGCCAAGGUGAAAGGUCUAAAAGAAAUGAAGGAUUCCCUCAGCGAGCAGUUGGAGUUGAAACAAAAGGAGCUCGAUGACCUUGUUAGAGCCACCAGCGCAGAGAAGGAAUCGCUGGAAAAGGAUCACAACGAAAAGUUGGGUGUGGUCAGAGAUGAAAUGAAAGCCCUGGAGCUGUCGUUCAAAGAGCAGUUUGAACAGAAGCAAUGCAAGUACAAGGAAACUCUCCACAAGCUAAAAGAGCAUUUUGAGGGGAAGCUGAAAGACAAAGACAGCCAGUUUGAAGAACGCCUGAGGGAGCUGACGUCCCAGAAGGAUCUUGGCAUUGAAGACAUGAAUGAAAAUUUCGAAAGAUUGAAACAAGAGCAGCUAGCAGAACUGGAGCAGAGGCACCAGGCAGCCAUUGCAGAACUUAGAGUGGAUUGGGAAGCCAAAUGUCAUGCUCUGGUUAGUGAGCAUCAGCAAGUAAUUAAUAAUAUGCAGGUGAAACUUACAGAAGGUGAAAGUGCCAUCAGUGAACUAAUUAGUUGUAAAGAGCAAUUGAGCAACACACAUGUUAAAUUGAAUGAGUUGCAAUCACAAUUUGAUGAUCUUUCAGAGAGGUUCAAGGAGGUUCAGGAAGACUUAAGGAAGCAAAGUGAGGAAUGUGAAGUUUCAAAAGUGCAAUUAGCAGAAAAAGAAUCUCAGAUCACACAGCUCAUUGAAAAUCAAAAUUCAGAGACGCAAACUAAAGAUGGUAUCAUUAAUUCAUUAACCCAACAGCUUCAGGAGAAAGAUUCUAAAUUGGAAGCUAUGGCUGGUACAAUAUCAGCUGAGCAUGAAUAUCUUCAAAAGGAGUUGAAUCGCCAGACAGAGUUAUCUGAAGAACUUGUAAACCAAAAUAUGCUACUUUCUAAGCAACUUCAGGAAUUUACAGAGAAGCACGAAGCAGAAGUUCAGGAAAAAGACACAAUACUCUUAGACAGUCACCAAAAGCUCUCCAGACUUGAGAUUGAACAUGCCUCUAUGGAAGAAAUGCUAAGGGCUCUUAAUGAUACAGUUCAAGAAAAAGAUUCAUCUUUAAGGAGUCUACAAGAGCGUUUAGAGUUGGAAAUUAAAGAAAAGGAAGCUCAUAGGGAAAAUCUGGGGUUGGAACUGGGGAAAAGAGACCAUAUUAUCAGUACAUUACAGGAGGAGCUGGCAACACUGACAUCAGAGAAAGAGAAAAUUGUUGUGGAGCUCAAUCAAAAUAAUUCAAAAGAAUUAGAAGAUCUGAAAACCAGCUACAGCUCUCAAAUUACUCUGGUGACAUCAAGAGAAUCUGAAUUGCAGACAAAAACACAGUUCUUGGAACAACAGGUCUUGGAGUUUGCGGAAAAGCUUAAAGAAGCGGAAGAUAAAUUAGAAGAAGGACAAAGACAGUUGGAGAGACAAGAGCUAUCCCUGGGGGAACAAAUCACAGUGUUAAAACAACAGCUUCAUCAAGUGCAGAGUGAAGCUGAACUUUCUUCCAAUGAACUGCAAUCAAACCUUCAGCAGAGGGUAGCUGAAAGUGAACAGAAGCUGAUGACUCAGUUGGAAUCCCAUCGGUCAGAGCUUGAAUCAUGCAGGCUAGAAGCAGAGCAAAAAAUGAGAGACCUCAAGCAGAAAUAUGUUGUCAAGCUGAAAGAGAUUCAGGGUCAGGCCAAAUCAACCAUUGAAGAGCUAGAGUGCAGUUUGAAGUCAGAGAAAGCUGCAAAAGACGAGGUCAACUCUGAGCUAACAAGGGCCAACACACGGCUGCUUCAGCUGGAGGAGAAUUCUGGCUUGUCUCAUGAAACCAUUGUUGACCUUGAAA